AUGGCCGUUCUACAGACUUCUAUCGCGAUCUUCGUCGCCCAUAUCAUCCUUUUGCUCGGGUUGCCAGCGUCUUUGGUCGCAGCUGUACCAGUCACCAACGUGUUGGCGACAACCGAAAAGACAUCUGCCUCGAGCUAUUGGGUCGCCAACAUUGAGCGUCAGGGUAUCAUCCCCUUCGCUAAGACGCCUGAUUACAAGAUCUUCCGAAAUGUAAAGGACUAUGGUGCCAAGGGUGAUGGCUCCACCGACGACACAGCCGCUAUCAACAAGGCUAUGUCUUCUGGAGGUCGCUGUGGCAAGGGCUGUGAUUCCUCUACCACCACUCCUGCGAUCGUCUACUUCCCACCUGGUACCUACGUUGUCUCCAAGCCCAUCACCCAGUACUACUAUACCCAGAUUGUCGGUGAUGCUGUCGAACUGCCCAUCAUCAAGGCCUCCCCCAAGUUCGCCGGUAUGGCUGUGAUUGACUCUGAUCCCUACGAGGACAACGGCGACAAUUGGUUCACUAACCAGAACAACUUCUUCCGCGCCAUUCGUAACUUGGUCAUUGACCUGAAGAGCAUGCCCGCUGGCUCCGGUGCUGGUAUCCACUGGCAGGUCGGCCAGGCCACGAGCUUGCAAAACAUCCGCUUUGAGAUGGUCAAGGGUGGUGGUCAAGCCAACAAGCAGCAGGGUAUCUUCAUGGACAACGGAUCCGGGGGUUUCAUGUCCGACUUGACUUUCAACGGCGGUAACUACGGCAUGUUCCUCGGUAACCAACAGUUCACUACCCGUAACUUGGUGUUCAACGACUGCCAGACUGCCAUCUACAUGAACUGGAACUGGGCGUGGACUUUCAAGUCGGUCAAGAUCAAUAACUGCGAGGUUGGUCUGAAUAUGUCCACCUCGCCUUCCAAUCAGACUGUUGGCUCUGUCUUGAUGCUGGACAGCAAGCUCACCAACACCCCCACUGGUAUCGUGACUGCAUGGACGCAGAAGAGCAUCCCCGUUGGCGGUGGUGAUCUCAUUUUGGAUAACGUGGACUUCUCUGGCUCCAAGGUUGCUGUGGCUGGUAUCAGUGGCAACACCAUCCUGGCAGGUGGCUCUGUCGUCGACAACUGGGUCCAGGGUAACACUUACACCCCGUCGAAGACUAUCAACAAGCGUGCCAGCGAGGCUCAGCCUGAGGUGGUCACCGUUGUCGAGACCGUUACGGAGACCGUUCAAGUCUGUGGUGCUUCCCACGGCCUUCCCAGCGCCAGCCUUGCGGGUGGCGAUGUCCCUGCUCCUGCAAAGACUGCAUCAGCUGGAUCAGCUGCCGCUCCCUCGCCCGCUCCGGGUGCCGGUACCAGCAGCGAUACCGAUCGCUCCCCUAAGCCUUCUUCGCCCGCCCAGGUCCCCGAUCCCACUCCCGCAGCUGCCCCUUCCAGUGAGGGCCCUGUCAAUUCCGCCAUCUCUGCUCAUUCUUCGUCCUCUAGUGUGGUCUCUGCCCACCAACCUGCUGUACCGGUCACAUCUACUGCUGCGUCUGCUCAGAGUACUGGCAGCGGCUCCGAAGUCAGUCAGGGCCCCGAGUCUGGUAGUGAUAGCAGCACUGGCACUUGCGGCGCCGCGCACGCCGUUACCUCUGCCCGUACACAAAGCACUGUGAAGACUGCUUCCAAACCUGCUAGUCUGCUCAAGGGUGGCGCUAUCUUCGAACGCUCCAAGCCUCUGUACGAGAAACUUGCAGCCUCCUCCUUUAUCAGCGUUAAGUCGGCUGGCGCCAAGGGUGACGGAGUCACUGACGACACUGCGGCCAUCCAAAAAAUCUUCGACAGCUACAAGGAUGGUCAGGUUAUCUACUUUGAUCACGGUGCCUAUGUCAUUACCUCCACCAUCAAGGUUCCCAAGGAUAUCAAGAUCACUGGUGAGAUCUGGCCCAUGCUCAUGGCACAUGGCCCCAAGUUCGCCAACCAAGAUAAACCUGUUCCUGUCUUCCAAGUCGGCCAAAAGGGUGACACUGGCUCUGUCGAGAUGAGCGACCUCAUCAUCACCACCAAGGGUCCCGCGGCUGGUGCUAUCCUCAUGGAGUGGAACGUUGCUGGUUCUUCCCAGGGUUCUGCUGGUAUGUGGGAUGUUCACUUCCGCAUCGGCGGCGCCGCUGGUACUGAGCUGCAGAGUGACUCUUGCCCCAAGACCCCCAAGGAGAAGACCACCCCCAAGAAGGAGUGCAUGGCCGCCUUCAUGCUCCUGCAUAUCACCAAAAAGGGUAGCGCGUACCUCGAGAACACUUGGUUCUGGACCGCCGAUCACGAGCUGGAUCUCAAGGAUCACAACCAGAUCAAUGUGUACACCGGCCGCGGUGUACUCAUCGAGUCGCAAAACCCCGUCUGGCUGUGGGGUACCGCCUCGGAGCACCACCAGCUAUACAACUACCAGGUUUCCAGUGCCAAGAACGUCUUCAUGGGCCUGAUCCAAACCGAGACUCCGUACUACCAGUCCAACCCUAACUCGCUGACUCCCUUCACCGCGCAAAAAUCCUGGAACGACCCCGAAUUUUCAGACUGCAAGACAAACUCCUGUCGCAAGGCCUGGGGUCUGCGUGUUCUCGAAUCCUCCGACGUCUUCGUCUACGGUGCCGGUCUCUACAGCUUCUUUGAGAAUUAUGCCCAAUCCUGCCUCAACUCUGAGGACUGCCAGCAGAACAUGGUCGAGGUCGACUGUUCGGAUGUCAAGCUGUACGGUCUCAGCACCAAGGCCGCUGUCAACAUGGUUACCUCAUCCAACGGCAAGGCUCUGGUCCCUGGAAAACCAAAUAAGAGCAACUACUGCUCCACCAUUGCGCUCUUUGAACAGUCUUAG